CACAAAGGCUCCUGCAUUUGAAAGAGUUGCUCAGGAAGUCAACUGACAAAAAGGAUAAAACGCCAAAAACAAACAGGUACUACACAACCAAUUAUUUGAAAAUCCACUGGCAAUGGAAAUCUUCCCUUUGCGACUAUUCUUUGGUACAGCUGCUUGGACAUUAACAUUAUGUUUUGCUCUCAUAACUCAAGUUAACCGUUGCAAGACACUUUUUCAGACUGCUCCUCCACUGGACCUGAAAUCCCCUUUUGUUUUUGCAUGGAAUGCACCCACAGAACUAUGUGAGAGCUGGUUUAACAUUAGUUUCGAUCUGAAAUAUUUUCGCUAUGUGAGUAGCACUUUGAAGUCUUCCACCAACCAGAGCAUUGCUAUUUUCUAUAUUGAUAGGUUUGGCAUCUUCCCCUAUGUAGAUGAAGACACUGGUAUGAUAUACAAUGGUGGACUUCCUCAGCUGAUCAAUUUCAAAGAGCACUACAAAGAGGCUAAAGAGGAUAUUAUGUUUUACAUUCCCUCUGAACAGCCUGGCCUAGCUGUACUCGAUUUUGAAGAGUGGAGACCACAAUGGAUACGAAACUGGGGUAGCAAGGACAUCUACAGAAAUCUGUCGUUAUAUCUGGUUAUGCAACAAGAUCUUACCUUAACCUUUGCCGAAUCUGAAGAUGCUGCCAGAGAAGAGUUUGAAAAAGCAGCAAUAAGGUAUUUCAAGGAUUCUUUGAGGCUUGGAAAGGCGUCAAAGCCUAACCGUCUUUGGGGCUACUACCUGUAUCCAGAUUGCUAUAAUUACGAAUACACUGAUGAUUUAACUGAUUAUUCUGGUAAUUGCCCUGAUAUUGAAAUUGCAAGAAAUAAUGACUUAAUGUGGCUUUGGGAGGAGUCCACAGCUCUUUACCCCUCAAUAUAUCUGGAAAUAAUAUUGAAGAACACUUUUAAAGCUGCUUUAUAUGUCCGACACCGUAUCCAAGAAUCCAUGAGAGUUUCAAUGCUUCCCAAGAAAAAUUACUCUAUUCCCAUCUAUGCAUAUAUUCGCCUGGUGUUUAAAAACAGCGAUCAAGAUUACCUUUCUGAGUUUGACUUGGUGAACACUAUUGGGGAAGCAGCUGCUUUGGGUUCAGCUGGUGUUAUUGCAUGGGGAGACAUGAAUGUUACAGAGAGUAAGAACUCUUGCCUCAUGUUGAAACACUAUCUAGAAAAAAACCUGAAUCCGUACAUUGUGAAUGUAUCUACAGCAGCGAAAUUUUGUAGCACUGUCCUCUGCAAUGACAAUGGAAGAUGCGUCAGAAAGAAAUGGAACACCAGUGACUACCUACACUUGGAUCCCAGGAGAUUUAUAAUUAAGAAAUCAGUAACAGGAGCACUUUCAGUGGAAGGCAAGCUUUCACAGGAAGAUAUCAACUUUUUUGAAGCAAAGUUUACAUGUCUUUGUUAUACGGGAAAAUCCUGCCGUUCAAAAUGGAUGUGGAAGGGUAUUCCAGAAACACUUUAUAAUCAAAGUCCCGUCUUUGCAAUUUCUCUAGAAUUUUUAAAAUGGUUUUUAUUCAUGAUUCCUGUUGGUCUGUAUACUGUAGGUUAGUGUUUCCCUAAGAUGUUGUGUUUAACUAAACUGGUUUCUC